GAACGAGAUCAAAAAUCGUGGGAAUCAACAGACAAUUUGCCUUGAAUUAAUUAUUGACGAUUAUUGAUGUAUGAUGGCAAAGAUUCCCAAAGUGUGAAGGUAGAUUGGCUCAAAUUAAGAAGGAGGAACCUAUACUAUUUUGCGAUAUUCGCAAUAAUUAAUGAAAAAUUAAUUAAAGAAGAUCGUCCAAUCUGCGUGAAUAGAAGCGCGCGACAAAACGGGCGGAUCGAUCUUUGAAACAUGAUGGUGGCGUGCGAUAUAUCGCAAUACUGCGCCGAAAAAUCACCCGUCCUUUUAGUGGCCAGAAAAUGAUGCGUUAUCAUUUCCAUAUCACCUUGCGACAAUGUAUUCAUCGAUUACUCAGAAACAACAAGUGCUAAUGUUAUUUCUGAUCGAGCUUAUCCUAAUCGUGUUAAUUGGGUCAAUGAUGACGUAUGGUCCGGAAGCAAAUAAUAAUUUGUUGAAAAAUCAUACUGAUACCGAUAAACAUAAGCAAACGAAGAAAGCGGACGAAGAUUUAUUGCGAAUUUAUCCAAGUUGGUACAAGGUUGGUACAAGGAUGAGAAUAUGCGAUAACGUAACGCACGCGAUUAUCAUGCUAUGGAUUGAGGGCAUACUACUAUGUGCUUUUUGGGUUAUGUAUGAUUAUGCUGUGGAGGCAGAUGCUAGCAAACAGAAGAAUAGUGUCGUACCUCAUUUAAAUGGAGCCUCAAAUGAUCUGCCAGUCACAUAUACAUUGUACCAAGAUAUCCACGUGAUGAUUUGGAUCGGCUUCGGCUUUCUAAUGACAUUCCUCAAACGGUACAGUCAGAGUGCUGUAGGCCUCACCUUCCUUAUUGGUGCGAUACUGCUCCAAGUAGCUCUAAUUUGCGACGGCGCCAUGGAUUUGAAAUUGAACAGCAAAGCUUAUCUCUCUUUAAAAAGCCUUCUUAGUGCCGAUGUUGCUGUUGCUACACCACUCAUUUCUAUGGGUGCAAUCCUGGGUAAGGUGACUUACAUGCAGCUAGUAUUUAUGGGAAUAGUGGAAUUGAUCAUGUUUACUAUCAACAAAUACAUAGGCGAGCAUUUAUUUAUGGUCGUCGAUGCUGGUGGUAGUAUGUUUGUUCACGUGUUUGGUGCAUACUUUGGAUUAGCUAUUAGCUUUGUAUUUGGAAUGAAGGAGCAACCAAAAGAACAUGAACUUGAAGGAUCGUCUUAUCAAUCAGAUAUAUUUGCCAUGAUCGGCACGGUGUUUUUAUGGCUGUUCUGGCCAUCAUUUAACAGUGUAGACUUGAUAGGGGAUGAUCAACAGCGAGCCAUAAUAAAUACUCUGCUUUCGAUAUCUGCUAGCUGCGUAAUCACAUUCGCCGUAUCCGCAUUCGUUUCUAAAGACAACAAAUUCAACAUGGUGCAUGUGCAAAAUUCAACUUUGGCUGGCGGUGUAGCUAUCGGUACAGCUGCAGGUAUGAUGUGCGAACCAGUGGGUGCUCUGAUUAUUGGCGCUCUAUCCGGUGUAAUUAGCGUACUGGGCUACAAGUAUCUUACGCCAAUCAUGCAGAAACGACUUCACAUACAUGAUACUUGCGGAGUACAUAAUUUGCAUGGAAUGCCAGGCAUACUUGCUGCACUUUUUGGCGCGCUUAUGGCAGAUUUGGCUUCAGAAACUUCUUACAGUUAUUCUUUAUAUCAGAUCUUUCCUGCGCGAGCACCGAGUUCGGAGGCAGGAGUUAGCGAAAUGAGAGACAAUUACGGGAUAUCAAAAGGAUUCGAUAGGACAGCACAUCAACAAGCAGGAUAUCAAUUAUUAUCGUUGGCAGUCACUCUCGGGAUCUCUAUCAUAUCUGGAUUAAUAACUGGCUUAUUUCUACGUACGUCCCUGUGCAGUUGGAUUACCGAUAAACAGAAAUUUGAUGAUCAGUUUGUUUGGGAAUUAGAAGAAGAAUCUCAGGACGAAUCAUCUGAAAAUAAUCGAAAAGAUAAAACUCAUGCUAGUGAUCAAAUAGUGAUGGGUCGUUUUUAAUAUAUGGAUAUUUGUGAAAUUAUA